UAAAAAGCAUGCUCCGAAAGCUAAGGAGACCGUCAGAGACCGUGUAUCUACGAAUAAUAUAAAAAUUAAGUAUUGUAUAUCAACAAUCGCUUGACAGUACAAUAUCUGACUUACAAUGCGGCUUGGAUUGAUGAUGUUAGGCUGGGCCAACAAAAUACCAUACAGAUUCAGAGGGAAAUACCGUAAAGUCAAGGAACCGUCUAUGCACGAUUUACUAAAGAUGAAGCAAGAUUUCGAGAGGGAAGAGCAGAACAUGUUGAUCCUGCGGCAUCCCUACCUCACGCGUGAACAAUCUUGCGGCCACAUGAAAGAUCUUGAGCCAGACAAGCAUAAACGGUUCAUUGCGGACAUAAUCGAGCUGAAUCGUCAGAAGUUCCAGAAAGAGGUUACUAUCGCCGAGCGUCUGUGCCACAUGAGAGUCACGGAAGCGUGGGAUUGAGAAGCCUUCUACAGAUAUGUGUAAUUCUGUUUCGUAGAUUAUAAUUUAGGUUUAAAUUAAAUAGAGACAAUGAAUCUAAGAAGAACAUUUAUUUUUCUUUUUUUUUUUUUGUACAUUUUGGAUCAGCACAAUGCCGAGAAUAUACAUAGAGCAUUUCUUAACGCAAGAAACAUAAUGUCAUGAAAUAUGUUACAUAAGUUUAUCUAAUAAGGUAUACAGAAUGUACGGAAAGUAAAAGUUGAGACUAAUACUGUGACAUCGUUAUUUUAAAGCAUUAAAUUAUAUUGUUCGUAUAAAA